GUGGAGGUGAGAAAAGGGCCCAUAAGACAAAGAAAACACAAAGGGAACAUCUCAGAAACAUUUCCAAACACCAACAAACCAUACCACAAAGGGUUCAAGAGAAAGCUAGUUAGGCCAACAUAGACUUGUCUUCUAACUUGAUCUGAUCUCAUACACACAAAGGAGAGGUCAUUUCAUUCAUUCAUUCAUCCAUUCCUUCUCCAUCCAAAUUUUAGUUUCCAUUCAUCAUCUCCCACCCAAAAACAAACAUUUCAAAUAUCAAUAAACCAAGAAACCAUCAUAUCAUAUAUUCCCAGCUAGCUGCUGAAGCAAGCUAUUAGUUUAGAUCAAAAACAAGGAGCUGGAAGCUAGAUCAGAGGGCUGAAGACCUACUUUUUUCUUGUAUUAUCUUUCAAGGAUAAGCAACUACCAAAGGAAUUUCUUGAAAUUAACUUCUUCAUUUGUUCUCACUGCUCAUCAAUUCUAGGAUAAAUAGAGCAAAUCUAAGAGAUAUGCAGCCACAAAGCAGCAUAGAUGCAUACAUGGGGACUGGGGUAGGUACGACAAGAUCCGAUUUUUUGUUUCCGGAAAUGACUCCGGUUCUUCCAUGGCCGGUUCAGAGCUUUAACCCGAUUAGCUUCCACUCAAACCAGCCCAUCCGAGAUCAUGAACCGUUUCUCCUCCCGCCCCCGCCGUCCCCGUACGGCGGGCUAUUCAAUAGUAGACGGCUGCCUCCAUCGUCUCCGUUUGCGGGGUACGAUGGACUACGCCCGACGUCCGACCAUUUCCGGGGGGUCAUCUCUGACUCGCUGGGACAACCGGUCCAACCCGGUUUGGGGGCGCCGUUUGGGCUCCAAGCCGAGCUGCAGAAGAUGACGGCUCAAGAGAUUAUGGACGCGAAGGCUUUGGCGGCUUCGAAAAGCCACAGUGAAGCCGAGAGGAGGAGAAGGGAGAGGAUCAAUAAUCAUCUUGCUAAGCUGCGAAGUCUUCUUCCCAACACAACAAAGACGGAUAAAGCAUCACUACUUGCGGAGGUGAUCCAACACGUGAAGGAACUGAGGAGGCAAACCUCACUGAUCUCAGAGACGAACCAAAUCCCGACGGAGAUCGACGAGUUGACCGUUGACGCCUCCGACGACGACGACGGGAAGCCGAUGAUCAGAGCCUCGUUGUGCUGCGAGGACCGGCCCGACCUGUUGUCGGACCUUAUCAAGACCCUCAAAGCUCUAAGGCUAAGGACCCUCAAAGCCGAAAUCACCACCAUUGGCGGCCGCGUGCGUAACGUUCUAUUCAUCGCCGGAGACGACAAGUAUCAUGACAGCGGCAGCGAUCCGCUGCCGCUGCAUUGUUCUUUAAGUUCGGUUCAAGAAGCAUUAAAAGCGGUGAUUGAGAAAGGGACCAGUGAUGAUCAAUCCGGGAAUGCAAAGAGACAGAGAACCCACAACCUUAAUAUCCUUGAACAACAUACGUCUCUCUGAUAAAAAAAAAUUUAAAAUCAAUCGUUCGUAUAAUUACCGAUCUUAUUAUCUUAUAUUAUUAUUAAUUAGGAGUAUUAAUUAUACUACUUUACAUGUAGUUUUUUCCUCGUUUUGACUUUUUCUUAGUUUGAUAUGUUGUGUUUAAUGUGUUUGCAUGGUUUGAUUAGUCACUCUCAGAUUUUUUUUGGGUUUUUAUGUGUUUGGUGAUUUUUUUUUGGGGUGAUUUGGUGAUAGAUUAUUAUUGCUGUAUUAUUAGGAAGAGCAAUUUUAUUCAAAUUAUAGAUGAGAUGGGCAUUGAAAGAAAUAUACUACGUGAGAUUGAAUGAUUGAUUAGGUUAUUGACUUAUU